AGGAGCGAAUCGGUGGUUGGAAGUCAGUUACAUGUUGAAUACUUAACUGAAAACAUAUUUUAACAUCUGGAUAGACUUAAAUCGGUAUUAACGCAAUACUUAGGAAUUAAUGAGAUGACGAAGUUAGUGUCGGUGAACAAAUGCAAGUCUUCGACGCAGAUCGUUGCUAGGCAACACAUGAAGAAGCACCUUAAACGUAUCCGCGACAAGGAGUAUGGCAAGCUCAGGGACAUGGUACCUGCCAUUGCUAAGCAACGAAAGAUUUCAAAGGUCGAAGUGAUAGAGCAGGCGGUGCGUUACAUCGACGAACUUCACAAAGCGCUGGCAUCCAGACUUGGGCACUCAGAUUCGAACAGUUGCGAGGGGAAGGAGCAGGAUCUGAAGGAGUUCGUGCACAGCUUCAUACCCGCCGACUUCUUCCAGCGUCGCCCCGCUCCCGUGACCUGCGACUUCGAGAAACAGCGAAAACUGCCCUCGUUCAUAACGCAACGGCGGGUGAACCGGCCGGCAAAGUUCGUUUAGAUGGGAUGUGUUCAAGGUCAUACAGCAUAUCUGUGAUACCAUCUUUCCCUGUGUUGAAUAGCCACGUUUCUAUGGCAACUGGUUUCAGCAAUGAUCCACCCACCGAAUAUUAAGAAGACAACAAUAUUUAUCCUUUUUAAGACAUUACAUUGAAAUAAUCUCAGCAGCAUUCUUCUAUGGGCACUUUCGAAUUUCUGACCAGCAGUUAAAAUGGGCAACCACGAAGAAAACCUAAAGACGAUCAUCAAUUAAAUUCUUGAUUACAUAAUUGCAUACUAUUGCAUUGUAUUGUUUACAGUCACCAGAUAUAGUUAGUUUUCUUUUGCUGAAAUUUUCUUAAAACCAUUUAUAUGGAAAUAGAUUAACCACAUAAGCAUUUCUGAUUUCACCAUCAUUCCAGUAUUGUGUAUGUUUUAUGUAGAUCUAGAUGUAUAUAGGCUAUUUUUAUGAAUACAUUUUCAA